AUGGCUGCGCUUCCUACACCAAAAGGAAUACCAGGUCGUUGGCCUUCGACCCCCGGGGUUUCUAAUACACAGAAUUACUCCUUCCCGGAGGCGGGAUCCCUCGCAGCAGAUUCCGAUUUAGAGGCCGGUUUAGCACCUAUUACACUUAACGAGGAUACUCGGCGGCAUUCAAAUCAAACCGGGUCAGAUCAAACAAUUGUGAAUGAUUAUUCCGGGACAGAAACAAAGGGAAAUGAUCCCACAAACUAUUCUAGUGCAUCUAGUAGUCUUCAUGACCUUGCAAACAUGACCACCACACAGCCCAUCCGUCCAGCACCCGCUCGUAGAGAGUCCACACAAGUAGGACCAGCAACUGGGGAAGAAGAAAUCUUUCGCAUUCUCUCACGGCGGAGAACUAACGCCUCCUCGCAUCAUGAAGAGUUGCAGGAAUCUAAACAAGAAAUUGAGCAGCUUCUUUCAUCUAUAUUCGGAAGUUCUCGUAAAAGCGAUUCUCAGGAAGAGAAAACUCGUCAUCUUGGUGUUGUCUUUAAGAACUUGACCGUAAAGGGCCAAGGAUUAGGGGCCAGCAUCCAGCCAACCAAUGGAGGGCUACUUUUGGGUCCUUUCAGGGCACUCUGGGGGCUUCUUUCUAAGGGUUCUAAGGCUGGAUUUGGGAAGCCACCAAUCAGGACUUUGCUCAAUAGUUUUACAGGAUGCGUUAGACCUGGUGAGAUGUUGUUAGUAUUAGGGAGGCCAGGAUCUGGUUGCUCGACAUUUUUGAAGGUUGUCGGUAACCAGAGAAAUGGCUAUGAGAGUAUUUCGGGCGACGUUCUUUAUGGUGGAGUUGAGAGCAGCGAGAUGGCCAAAAGGUUUCGUGGCGAAGUCCUCUACAAUCCUGAAGAAGAUCUACAUUAUGCUACAUUAACUGUAAAGGAAACCCUAAAGUUCGCUCUUGAGACGCGUACGCCAGGGAAGGCUUCCCGGCAGGAGGGCGAGACUCGAAAAGACUAUGUCAACGAAUUUCUUCGUGUCGUCAGCAAACUAUUUUGGAUUGAACACACCCUUGACACAAAAGUAGGGAACGAACUUAUCCGUGGUGUCUCUGGUGGUGAAAAGAAACGAGUUUCUAUUGCAGAGGCAAUAGUCACUAAAGCCUCUUGCCAAUGUUGGGACAAUUCCACUAAAGGACUAGAUGCCAGCACGGCAAUAGAAUAUGUGGAAUCGCUUCGCACUUUGAGUAACAUGGCAAACAUUUCCACCCUGGUUGCACUAUACCAGGCAGGGGAGAGUUUAUAUAAACUUUUCGACAAAGUCAUCCUUAUUGAUGAAGGGAGGUGUGCUUACUUUGGACCUACCGAGAAUGCGAAGGCCCAUUUUGAGAGUUUGGGUUUCGUUUGUCACCCUCGAUGGACAACUGCAGAUUUCCUGACCUCUGUCACCGACAAACACGAGCGACAAAUCAAAGAGGGGUGGGAAGAUAGAGUCCCACGUACAGCAGAGGAACUAGAAGCUGCAUAUGUUGCGUCUGAGGUUGCUGCGCAUACUAGGAGAGAUAUCGAAGAGUUCGAAAGUACUCUCGAGGAGCAAAAGAAAGAAAGGAGUAAGGAGAUGUCUAAGGAAACUAAAACCAAAAAUUACACCAUUUCAUUUCCUAAACAGAUUAUCGCUUGCACAAAGCGACAGGUUAAGGUGAUGAGAGGUGACCCACUGAGUUUGGGGGGUAAAUGGGGAGGAAUUCUGUUUCAAAGUUUAAUCGUUGGGUCUCUGUUUUAUAAUUUGCCUAAGAAUGCGGCCGGAGUGUUCCCUCGCGGAGGUGUCCUGUUUUUUACCCUUUUAUUCAACGCCUUGCUAGCUCUAGCAGAACUCACGGCGGCGUUCGAUUCUAUUCCGAUCUUGAUGAAACAUAAGAGCUUCUCAUUUUAUCGCCCAUCCGCAUAUGCCAUAGCUUUGGUCCUUGUUGAUUUACCCCUCUGCUUUGUUCAGGUUUUCAUAUGGAACAUAGUCAUUUACUUCAUGGCCGGAUUGCAACGCACCGCGUCCCAAUUUUUCAUUAGUUUAUUGAUUAUAUUCUUCGUUACACUGUCGAUGUAUUCGUUUUUUAGAAUGCUUGGGGCAUUCUCUUCAAAUUUGGAUGCUGCUACUAGGAUCACUGGCGUCUCAAUUCAAGCAUUGGUUGUCUACACAGGCUAUCUUAUCCCGCCCUCAUCUAUGCAUCCAUGGUUCUCUUGGAUAAGGUGGAUCAAUCCUAUUCAGUAUGGAUUUGAGGCUCUCAUGGCCAAUGAGUUCUACAAUCUGGAGAUCGAGUGUGUGCCGCCGUAUCUGGUACCAGUUGGUCCCGGUGUUCAGCCACAGUAUCAAUCUUGUCUUUUGCAAGGCGGUCGGCCCGGAUCCACCACUGUGAACGGUGCAGAUUACAUACAAUCGCAGUUUACCUAUUCAAGAUCACACUUAUGGAGAAACGUCGGAUUUAUCAUAGCAUUUUGGCUUUUCUUCGUUUUUAUGACAGCAGUGGGUUUGGAAUUGAAGAAGCCGAAUAAGGGUGGAGGAGCUGUCACUGUAUUCAAGAGAGGACAAGCGCCAACGCAUGUUGAGAAUGCUAUGAAUAAGGGUAACUCCGUGGAUGAAGAGGUUGCAGAGAAAGAAGUUGGCAGGAUCGGCAAUGAGGAAAGUAAUAAUCGCACCGAGGAGGCUGCAGUCGCAAAGAAUGAUACAAUUUUUACCUGGCAGGGAGUUACAUAUACUAUUCCAGUUAAAAAUGGACACAGGACACUUUUACAGGAUGUCCAAGGAUAUGUUAAACCUGGGAGACUCACUGCCUUGAUGGGAGAAUCAGGCGCCGGAAAAACCACUCUUCUCAAUACUUUGGCUCAGCGCAUCAACUUUGGUGUGGUUGAAGGCGCUUUCCUAGUUGAUGGCCAGCCUCUUCCUCUCUCAUUUGCUCGCGCUACUGGUUUUGCGGAACAACAGGAUGUUCACGAGCCGACUGCGACUGUAAGAGAAGCCUUACGGUUCUCUGCUUUACUAAGACAGCCAAAGGAGGUAUCUACUGAGGAGAAGUAUGAUUAUGUCGAAAAAAUAAUUCAUCUUCUUGAGAUGGACGAGCUCGCAGGGGCCACAGUUGGAACUCAGGGCAAUGGCUUGAACCAAGAGCAGAGAAAGCGGUUGACUAUUGGUGUGGAACUUGCGAGUAAACCGGAACUUCUCAUGUUUCUCGACGAGCCAACUUCAGGUCUUGACUCGAAUGCGGCGUUUAAUGUGAUACGAUUUUUGAGGAAGCUUGCGGAUUCGGGCCAGGCCAUUCUUUGCACCAUUCAUCAACCGAGUGCAGUCCUUUUUGAGAAUUUUGACGAUUUGAUUCUUCUGAAGAAGGGUGGACGCGUUGUCUAUCACGGAGAGCUUGGGCAGGAUUCUCAAAAGAUGAUCAAGUAUUUCGAAGGCAACGGCGCGCCUAAGUGCCCUAAGGAUAAAAACCCUGCGGAAUAUAUGCUCGAAGCAAUUGGUGCUGGAGAUCCCAAUCGGAAGGAGAAGGACUGGGGUGAAGUCUGGUCAAACUCCAACGAAUACAGCGAGCGGGCACGUGAAAUUGAACAAAUUGUUUCGGAUCGACGUUCUAAAGCCGAUUCUUCAACACGAGAUGACCGCGAGUUCGCUAUGCCUUGGUUCACACAGGUUUUGGCGGUUGUGAAAAGAACGUUUGUGUCGUACUGGAGAGCACCGGAAUACGUCAUUGGAAAGUUUGCACUCCACAUUUUCACAGGUCUUUUCAAUGCCUUUACUUUCUACAAGCUUGGAAAUACUUCGAUCGAUAUGCAAUCUCGACUCUUCAGUGUGUUCAUGGUGCUCACCAUAUCCCCACCACUUAUUCAACAGUUGCAGCCGAAAUAUUUGCAUUUAAGGGAUCUUUUCAUGGCCCGAGAAAGCUCUUCAAAAAUCUAUCACUGGUCCGCCUUUGUAAUCGCUGCUAUUCUAGUAGAAAUACCCUACUCGAUUGUAGCUGGAACUCUGUUUUUUGUUUCCUGGUUUUUUCCUGUCGGGUUCCCAAGAGAUAGUUUUACUGUUGGGUACACGUGGAUGCUACUAAUGCUGUUUGAACUAUACUAUGUCGGCUUUGGUCAAGCUAUCGCCUCGUUUUCGCCGAACGAACUCCUUGCCAGUUUGCUUGUGCCGGUAUUUUUCCUCUUCGUCGUUUCAUUCUGUGGUGUUGUCGUACCGUUUGCUGGUAUUCCAAAAUUCUGGCAUUUCGUAUAUCGCGUCAGCCCAUUUACCUACCUAGUCGAAGGCUUCUUGGGUGUCCUCGUCCACGACGUGCCUGUUAGAUGUUCUGAAAACGAAUUGGCGAGGAUCCCGAAACCACCUGGGCAAUCGUGUGAGAACUAUACUACUGCAUUUAUUAGGCAAGCUGGAGGGUAUGUUCAGGAGGUUGGGAAUGAGUGCAGGUUUUGCCAAUAUUCUGAUGGAGAUGAAUUCGCAAGAAACUUUAAUAUCUAUUAUAGCUAUCACUGGAGAAAUUUUGGUAUUUUCUGGGCUUUCAUAGUCUUUAAUUUUGCGGUCGUAUUCAUUUGCACUUGGUUAUACUUAGGUGGUUUGAAGAAGAUGCUGAAACGGGGCAAGAAGGUAGCGAAGAAGUGA